AUGUUGACCUCCCGUCACCCUGCCCCUGCCCCUGCCCCCUACCCGUGCCCCUGUCUAUUUGACCUUCCGUCACAUUGCCCCUGCCCCUGCUCCUUACCCGUGCCCUGUCGUGUUUACCUCCGUCACCCUGCCCCUGCCCCUGCCCUUCCUACCCCAUGCUCCUGCUGCUCCGUGCCCUGUCCUAUGUUGACCUCCCGUCACUGCCCCUGCCCCCUGCCCCUAACCGUGCCUGUCUAUGUUGACCUCCCGUCACCUGCCCUGCCCCCCCUACCCGUGCCCCUGUCUAAUGUUGAACCUCUGUCACCCUGCCCCUGCCCUGCCCCCUACCCGUGCCCCCUGUCUAUUGACCUCUCCGUCACCUGCCCCUGCCCCUGCCCCUACCGUGCCCCUGUCUAUGUUGACCUCCCGUCACCCUGCCCCUGCCCCGCUACCGUGCCCCUGUCUAUGUUGACUGUCACCCCUGUCCUGCUCUACCCGUCCCUGGUCACCCUGCACCCUGCCCUGCCCUACCCGUGCCCAUUGUCUAAUGUCGAGUCCCGUCACCCUGCCUCUGCCUGCCCCCUACCCGUGCCCUCUGUUCUAUGUUGA